AUGGUCCGCUUAAAGAACCGCUACCUCCUAAUCGAUAUCCUGUAUCCGGAUCCUUCAACAUGGCCUUCAUCAAAAUCCGAUUCUAAAUCCAAAGUCACGUCCACAACAAACGCGCAGUUAGCGAUCCACUCACCUACAUCCGAUGCGCUGACAGCGGGACUUCUUGCGAAGAUGAUUCGCGAAGAAGUCAGUGAGCUAUACGGAGAUUAUGGUGUCGGGAAGCUUGGUGGUGCGACUGCCGGUGGUAUUAAUGUUAAAUACCUCUCCCCUGCGACCUCAACUGCUAUCCUUCGUUGUCCUCGUGCCUCGUUUCGUCUGGUCUGGUCUGCCCUUACAUAUAUGUCCCAUGUCCCUGCUCCAGGUGGUGAUGUAGGACAAAAGCGGCCAAAUGGAGGCCGAGAAAGACCUUGCGUGUUCCGCGUUCUCAGAGUAUCUGGUACUAUGAAGAAGGCUGAGGAGGAAGCCAUUCGCCGAGCCAGAAGGGAGAUUGUGCGCGUGAGAGGGGUUGAGGAGAAGGGUGUUCUUGGAGAUUUAAUUUCUGGAACAUCUACAGCCGGAGAGAAGGAGAAUGUUAUGGACAGCAUUAUGGAUGAUAGCGAAGAUGAUAUGGCCAUCGACGAAGAUGACUGA